UGUUUAGAGAAGUGGCGGCUGCAGAAGUGACGAUGGGCGCGGUUGGCAUGGGGCUGGUGGAUUGUCACUGCCACCUGUCCGCUUCGGACUUUGAUAGCGCUGGAUGAGCCUAAUGAGCUACGGAGAGGAAGAAAUGAAGCUAGACUGAAGAAUUUUGUAGGAGAUGGGUAAGGAUCUGGACGAUGUGUUGGAAAAAGCCAAGAAGGCCAAUGUUAUGGCCCUUGUAGCAGUUGCUGAACAUUCAGGAGAAUUUGAAAAGAUUAUGCAGCUUUCAGAAAGAUACAGCGGGUUCAUUCUGCCAUGCUUGGGUGUUCACCCAGUUCAAGAACUUUCACCAGAAGACCAAAGAAGUGUUACAUUAAAGGAUUUGGAUUUAGCUUUGCCUAUCAUCGAGAAGUAUAAGGAUCAGUUGUUGGCAAUUGGAGAGGUUGGACUAGAUUUCUCUCCCAGAUUUGCUAACACUGAUAAACAGAAGGAAGAGCAAAGACAAGUUCUAAUCACACAGGUUCAAUUAGCCAAAAGACUAAAUUUGCCUCUAAACGUUCACUCGCGCUCAGCUGGAAGACCUACCAUCAGCCUCUUGCAGGAACAAGGUGCUGAUAAGGUACUGCUGCAUGCGUUUGAUGGCCGGCCAUCUGUAGCCAUGGAAGGAGUAAGAGCUGGGUACUUCUUCUCAAUUCCACCUUCUAUCAUAAGAAGUGGACAGAAGCAGAAACUUGUGAAACAGUUGCCUUUAACUUCCAUCUGCUUAGAAACAGAUUCACCUGUGCUAGGACCAGAAAAACAGGUACGGAAUGAGCCCUGCAACGUUUCUAUUUCAGCUGAAUAUAUUGCCCAAGUGAAGGGAAUCUCAGUGGAAGAAGUGGUAGAAGUAACAACACAGAAUGCAUUGAAACUCUUUCCCAAGCUUCAACACCUGCUCCAGAAAUAGCUUCAAAACCAUUCAUUGCAUAAUCAAAUCAGCUUCAAGGGGCAACAUUUGAGAAAAAGAAAUGUACAGAUUAAGAAUCUGAACUGAGGCUGGGUGCAGUGGCACAUGCCUGUAAUCCCAGCGGCUCAGGAAGAUUACAAAUUCAAGCCAGUCUCAGAAACUUAGCAAGUCCCCAAACAACUUAACAAGACUCUGUCUCAAAAUAAAAUAUCAGGGCGGGAUGUGGCUCAGUAGUGGCUAAGUACCCCUGGGUUCAAUCCCCAGCACACAAAAAAAGAGAAACUGAAGAGACCAUUCCACAGGAUACAGAUGUAUAUUCUAGAGGAAUAUUUCUCUUAUAAGGAUAACUUGACUUGGAUCCUGAAACCCUGGUUCUGAUUCCAGCCUUGUGUUCCUUUUCAGUUAGCCAAGAGCUAGCAGAAAAUUGGGUAAAUCCUAUUGCUGUUUUUUUACCUUGCCCCACUAAAUAAAACCACCUUCUGAACCCAAACCAUCACUUCUAGGAAGGGGUUCUCCCACAGGUAGGAAGACUUCAGCACCAACAUGAGGAGGAGGUUGGGUUUGAUCCCUUGCUACUUGUUUUGCUUCAAUAGAACUGAACAAGUGAAAGGAAAGUCUGUUUUUUGUACCAUCAGAAAUCUCUUUCCUGAGUUUGUAAUACUCAGUACUUGAAUUAUUUCUCUUUAACAGCAAAAUGUGUAAGGUUUCAAAGUGAUAUUAGAUUUUGACUUCCAAGGCCCCUGUUUAGCAGUCACUAUUAAAUAGCAAGCCUAAAACUUGUGCCCCUUGGCACAAAAGUUGAGUUAAUAAACUAAUUUAAAGUUCCAA